AUGAUAAAGGUAUUAUUAUUAUAAUUAUUAGGUUAUAAAUUAUUCGGAAUAUAAAUAUCAUGAGGCCAUAGAAGUGCUAGAUAAAUCUAUAUAAUCAGAUCCAAAUAAUCAUCAAUCAUUAUGUUGUAAAGGUUAAAUAAUUAAUAAUCAAUAGGUUAAUGUUUAAGAUUAUUAAAUAAAUAUUGGGAUGCAAUCACUUGGGUGGAAAAAGCAUUAACUAUUAAUUCGAAGCAUUUUUUAUCUUUAUGUGAAAAGGUAGAUUGCAUCAUUAUUUAAUUAAUAGGCUAAUGCUUAAGAUUAUUAAAAAAAUAUGAGAAUGCAAUCACUUGGUAUGACAAAACAUUAGCUUUUGAUUUGAAGCAUGUUAAUUCUUUAUUUGAAAAAGGUAGAUUGCAUUGUGAUUUAAUUAAUAGGUGAAUGUUUAAGAAUAUUGAGAAAAUAUGAUGAUUCUUUAAAAAUAUUAGAUUAAGCACUUUCCAUUAAUCCACAACUUAAUUUUUCUCUUAAAUCUAAAGGUAUAUUAUGAUAUUAAUUUAUAGGUGCAUGCUUAGAAGAUCAAUACAAUUAUAAAGAAGCUUUAAUAUAUUAUGAGAAAUCAUUAAAUAUAGACCCAAAUCAUAAAUGGACAAUAAACUAAAAGAGUAUUUUUAACAUAUUAGAUUAGAAAUUUGUGAGAAUAAAAUGAAACAAUGA